AUGGCCGACACUGGGGUCCUUUACAGCCCAUCGCUCUUUGAUGAGGACGACCUCUUUGGUGACGCUAUCUAUGGCGCCUCCACAGAACCUACGGAACUUCCACUCCCAGACAUUCCCAACAGUGGUGACGCCGCACUCCACGCGGCGGUCAGUGGCAACGACUACAACGACGACAAGGUUGGACCUGUAGACCCCCGCGAUGAUGGGACGCUCGGUGAAGAUAUUAGCCAUGAGGAUAUUUUGGCUCUCCUCCAGGCCUUAGACGAGGUCCCUUCUCCUGUGGAGAAGUAUACCGAUGCCCAGAUGCUCGAGCUUCUCAACGCCACCUGCCCCACAGUGCCUUCUACCCCUACCACAAUGUUCCCCUUGGACCUUUACAAGACCUUCGAAACAAGCUCAGAAGGCUCGUCGUGUUCCUCGAGCCCAGCGUCUGAAGGCUCAUCCAGCAGUAGUGAGGCGCUGCCAUUCCCUGACCCUGGGCCUGAGAGAGGACCCGAGGACCCGAUUGAGGCUCACCUGCGAGUGUCCAAGAAGACCCUGGCUGUCAUAGAGGGAAUGUUUGAACCCAGUCAACUGGACGAGCUCAGGGAGAGUGUAUCUGUGAGUGCGAGUCAUUGGAUCCCUGCUGAUUCUACACAGCGCAACGGGGCCCGCUUUCGCAUUGAAUCUCGCCCCCGUCAUGACGUGCACAUUGACCUACUUGUUCUCCCCAACAUGACGACCAUCAUCUCGGUUAUCGGGUGGUCGCACGUGUCCGUUGUUGACCUUGACUGGGUCUUUGGCCGCUCGACUGGUAUCUGCCUUCCUCCACUUGAACGCCUCCCGGUGGAACCCAACUACCAACCACGUCUUGCGCAACCAUCGCCGCCACACCUCCCUGCACAACUGGCACUUCCUGCCGGAGCCCUAACCUAUGAGACAUCUGGAGGCCGGAAGAGGAAAGAGCGCGAAGAUGACGACGACGAACCGGUUGUCUCUACUCGCAGGCGUUCAGAGACGCGUCUGGAACCCUCUCCAUCGACAGUGGCGAUGACCGUCGAUCUCCUUGAAUCCAUUGUCACCGACAUGAACAGGUUCAACUGGGCGGGGAGAAACACAGUCAAGUGGUUUUGCGUCACUUGGCAGCGCAAGCAUGACCUGCCCUUCGGCUUCAACUUGGCGGCGUUCGUUGCGACGCACCACGAGUUUAUCGCAGAGCGGUGCGAAGGCUACCGCCUUGCCACUGCUGGAGGCGAUGCUGUAGUGAAGGAGAAACCACAAAGCAGCCGGGACUUCCACGACCUGGUUAUCAACACCAUGCUGGAGUAUGACUGGGAUGCCCCCAACGCCAGCAAGACGGAUUUCUACAGUUACUGGUCAGACAGGUUCCCUACCCAGCCACGUAUCGAAAACUACUGUCGCAUGCGCAAGCACCAGCUCAGUGAUUUGUGUGAAGGGUUCCGCAGGCGUAGCGGUGCCACCAACCGCAAGCCCAAAUACGCCGACACUCCUGCGUUCUUUAUCUCAAGCCGGUCUUUCUUUGUUCGAAUACGGACACCGCAGCACUCACCCGGAAGAGACAGCCUUAACACGCCUUCAGCCACUGUUACUCACAUCCUCGCCGGUAAAACGCCCCCCGACGAAAUGGCGCUCACACCAGGUGCUUCCAACGAACUUCCCGACAAGUGUCCACCGGAGAUGCGGACCGGUGCCGGCCACCACCAUGCUACAGCUGUCCCCAAUCUCACCAACAUGUUAUACAUCAGUGUUGUGGGCAACAUCCGGCCUUACGGCGCAACAUUGCGGUUGUGCGCCGACGGAUACACCCAAGACAGUUCAGCCGCCAGCCAAGAUCAGCUGAUGGGAUGA